AUGGCGGCUAUCGCCAGUUUCCACCGUCCCUUUGAGUUCUGUAUUCGAGAUUGUGGAACAAGGCCUUCUGUGGAUGUGAUACAAGCAGAAAGUCGGAUUGUAGGUGGACAUGACGCUGAGCUCGGUGCAUGGCCGUGGCAAGUUAGUCUUCAAAUUUAUCGUGUAGAAUUAGGUGGAUUUCGCCAUGAAUGUGGUGGAUCUUUAAUUAAUCACAACUCCGUGCUAACAGCAGCACACUGCAUUAAAAAAUGGGUGAACCCAGAGUAUUGGAGAGCUGUGAUUGGCUUGCAUCAUCUUUAUAAACAGAACGCACAUACUGUAAAUUGCCGGGUGCGAAAUAUCGUGAUCCAUUCCAAUUUCAAGACGGGCAGCUAUGAAAAUGAUAUUGCUUUGUUUAUACUACUGAAAACUGUCAAGUACAAUGACUAUAUUCAACCCAUCUGCUUACCUGAUAUUUCUCAUCUACUGGCUGAUGAAAACACAUGUUAUAUAAGUGGAUGGGGAAAGAAAGAGGCGAAAGGUAAAUUUCAAAAAAUACUACAAGAGGCUGAGGUUGAAAUUAUUCCACUGUACAUCUGUAAUGGCCAUGACUGGUAUAAAGGAAGUAUAUCAAGGGAUAUGAUUUGUGCUGGCUCUGAAAGUGGGCAUGUAAAGAGUUGUGAGGGGGAUAGCGGUGGACCACUCAUGUGUUACUUCGCAAAUGCAUCCAAAUAUUAUCUGAUAGGAAUCUCCAGCUCUGGUACUGGCUGCAGCCAGUACCCGGUACCAAAGCAUCCAGGAAUCUAUCUCCGGACAGCUAAUUACAGAGAUUGGAUCUAUUCACAUCUAUGUGCUACAAACUCCACCAUGAGCAUUUGGCAUAUUCUCAUGAUUUUGACUGCAGAAUGGUUCAGUGGACCUCCUUUCUUGAGAGCAGUUGAUCAGCAGGUGGAGAAAGAGAUCCACAGUUGCUAUUUUGCUUUGCCAUUGCCCUAUGGCGUUGCCAACGCGGGACGCCCAAAGCAGCAGCGGCCGAGAGCGCGGUUUCACCCUGGAAGAGAACGAAAGCGCCCGGCCGCACGCGCCCCACCGGCUUCGUCCCCGCUCCGCAGAGCCAGUGCUCGCUCCGUGGGCGCGCCCAGCCUCCCUCGGGAGCCGCCGCCGCCGCCUCCAAGGGCUGCAAAGGUGUUGAAAUGUGGCACAAGGCCUGUUGUGGACGAGAUACCAACAGGGAGUCGGAUUGUAGGUGGACAUGAUGCUCAGCUUGGGGCAUGGCCAUGGCAAGUUAGUCUUCAAAUAUACCGCUUUGGUGUAGGGUAUAUGCAUAUGUGUGGUGGAUCUAUAAUCAAUCACAACUCAGUACUGACAGCAGCACACUGCAUUAAAAAAUGGAAGGACCCUGCAUUCUGGAGGGCUGUGAUUGGAAUGCAUCAUCUCUCCAAAUUCCAGCCUCAUACUGUAAAGAGCCGGAUCAGAGCCAUUAUUAUCCAUUCCGAAUAUAACAAAAUCACCUUUCAGAAUGAUCUUGCCUUGUUUAAACUAAUACACUCUGUUGAAUUCAAUGACUAUAUUCAGCCCAUCUGCUUGCCUGACACUCCUCUACCUCUAACGGAGGACUCACCGUGUUUCAUAAGUGGAUGGGGAAACACAAUGGAGAAAGGUAGAGCCAGAGACAUGUUACAAGAAGUACAAGUAGACAUUAUUCCAUCUGAGCUUUGUAACAGAUAUGACUGGUACGGAGGGGCAAUAAGAGAAGAGAUGCUUUGUGCUGGAGCUGAAACUGGAGGUGUUGAUAGUUGCCAGGGAGACAGUGGUGGACCUCUCACGUGCUAUUUUCCAGAUGUCACUAAAUAUUAUCUUGUAGGAAUAACCAGCUUUGGCUUUGGCUGUGGAAGACCAAAACUUCCAGGAAUUUAUGUACGUACAGCUAAUUACAGAAACUGGAUACAUUCACAUGUGAUUCUAUAUGACCAAGCCAUCACUAUGAAUAUUCCACAUGUACUUGUCUUUUUGACUGUAGGGUGGGCUCUCUUCCAUAACAAUUUAUGA